ACAAAGAAUCCAAAAUAUUAAAAUGGUCCAUAAGUUAAAAUAAAUUAGUGGGAAACACUAAAAAGUAAAAAUGCCUUCACUAAUCAUGCUUAGAGUAGUCAUCCAUAUCAAAACAAAAACACCACCAUAGUACAACACAACUCCAUCAUGAAACCUAAACUCACACACACCAUAAUCACCACUUAACCCCACCAAUUCUUCCAAUAAUUCACAUACAACACUUGCCACUUCCCAACACACAUAAUUUCCUAUCAUCUUUCAACCACAUCGCCGUUUUGCCAAACACCACACAUUAGUAACAAAUUUCCAUAACUAUGGGGUUUUCAAAAAAAAGCACAACAACUGCAGAUUUAUUAAAACAACUAUUAGCAAAACCGAUCCAAUUAACAGACCAAGUAAUCAAAGCAGUUGAUGAAGGAAGUUUAUCGUUCAAACAAGAAUGUUUAGUAGUCAAAUCCAAAACAGAAAAACUCGCUUCACUUCUCCGACAAGCAGCAACGUCAAGCUCCGUUUUAAACGAACGACCAGCACGUCGCAUCAUCGGAGACACCGUACAAGUCCUCGAAAAAGCACUAACGUUAGUCACCAAAUGCAAAGUCAACGGUAUGAAGCGCGUUUUCAGCAUAGUACCUUCCGCCGCUUUCAGAAAAAUGUCUUGUCGUCUUGAAAGUUCAAUCGGCGAUGUUUCCUGGCUACUCCGUGUCUCCGCUCCGACGGAGGAAGGUAGCUAUGAGUGUCUAGGUCUACCACCUAUCGCUUCUAAUGAUCCGAUUCUAGGUCUAAUUUGGGAACAGAUUGCGAUUCUUCAUAAUGGCUCUGUUGAUGAUCGAUCUGAUGCUGCUGCUUCUUUGGUUUCGCUUGUUCGCGAUAACGAUCAUUACGGAAAAUUGAUAAUUGAAGAAGGUGGUGUUGGUCCUUUGUUGAAACUUAUUAGAGAAGGAAAAGUAGAAGGUCAAGAAAAUGCUGUUAAAGCUAUUGGGUUUUUGGGUCGAGAUGCAGAAAGCUUUGAUGUUAUGAUUAAUGCUGGUGUCUUUUUUGUUUUUGCUAAGAUUCUUAAAGAAGGUCCUAUGAAAGUUCAAGCUGCUGUAGCUUGGGCUGUUUCUCAACUUGUUUCUAAGAAUCCUAAAUGUCAAGAUGUUUUUGCUGAGCAUGAUAUUGUUAGGUUACUUGUUAGUCAUAUUGCAUUUGAAACUGUUCAGGAACAUAGUCAUUCAAGUGGGAUUGGGAACGGUAAUACCGAGCCAAGUUCUUCGUAUUCUGGCAUUAACAUCAACAGAAUGGAACUUGAAGAUUCGGAGAGUAAGGCUGACAUGAAAGCAAUGGCAGUGAAAGCUCUUAUGUUUUUAGCAAAGGAUAACUCUGCGAUUUGUCGUAGCUUAAUAGAAUCAAGUGCUUUGUUAUGCUUAGCUAUUCUCCUUGAGAAAGGACCUGAAGAAGUGAAGUACGAUUCUGCCUUGGCAUUGAAAGAGAUUACUGCAGUGACUGAGAAAGACGCUGAGUUGAGAAGAUCAGCGCUUAAGUCGAACUUUCCUGCUCGUAGAGCCGUUGUUAAUCAAGUGAUCGAUAUUAUUGACAAAGAAGAUAAGAAACUUUUGAUUCCUUGCAUUAAGGUUAUUGGGAGUUUGGCAAGGACAUUCACGAAAAAUGAGAAAACGAUAGUUGGUUCAUUGGUUCGACUUCUCAACGAAAGAGAGGAUGAGGUAUCCAAAGAGGCUGCAGAUUCACUCGCAAAAUUUGCCUGCUAUGAUAACUACCUCCACCUCCAUCACUCUAAGGCGAUUAUAAGCUCUGGUGGUGUAACACACUUGGUUCAACUUCUGUACUUUGGCGAGCAGUCAGUACAGCAAUCAGCCUUGAUUCUGCUAUCCUAUAUUGCAUUAAAUGUGCCAGACAGUGAAGAACUUUCUAGGGCCGAGGUUCUUGGAGUUCUUGAAUGGGCAUACAGACAACCUAAUCUGACUCAAGAUGAAACCACCAUAGAUCUGUUGCAAGAAUCCAAGUGUAGACUGGAGCUUUACCAGUCUAGAGGUCCAAGAGGGUUCCAAAAUUAACAUCAAUAGGAAGAGACAGUAAUUAGCUGUUAUUGUUGUUGUUUGUGUGAGAUUUUUGAAUGAUUUGUAUCUGGUUUAUUGUUCCCAGGAAGAGUGGAUAUACGCAAUCAUUGCCUUCUUUAAGUGCUUAGUUUCAUUUUCAACUAUGAAGAAGAUGAUUUGUUCUAGCCGUAAGUUUCCUCCUCUUCACCAACUAGUAAUAUUUUGUAAUUGUGUCUUUGCAAGCAAUCUCUCAGUUGCUCUAGGUUUAUAGUUCUUCUUUUAGUAUAUGAAACCAAGAAUGUUGUAGAAAUUGACGAAGAAGCCGCACAGAAUCAGACACAAGAAAGACUGCUUGAUUAGUCUAUAAGUUAGUCAUAUCAUCAUGUGGCUUUGUGCAAUUAUACUAACAUUUGUUUAUUUUCCAAAGCUUGUAAAAUAUUAGUAUUGCAUAAGUUGUUUGUUAGAUUAGAUUUUUACAAUGAAUAAACUAUUUGGUCAAUUUGGCAUAUGGUAA